AUGGCCCAGAGGAUGGCAAGUGCGAAUACAGCGUCAGAACCAUCAGCCACUCCUCAAUCCGCUCCUGAAGUGUCGCCUACUGCUGCAGGUUCUAGCUGGGAUGCAGAUCCAGUUCUUAUCCCUUCAAACUUUGUUUCAAGGUCUUACAACGAUGUUGCUAACACAUACUGGCAACACUGGCGACAAAUCUGUACCCGAUUUAGCUGCCACAACAGACUUCAAGAUUGGUACAAAUUCCGCCUGUCUACCACCAACCCUCCCAGCCUCCACGAACAACUGAGCCGCGUCUUUGCUGAUCACCCACCGUCUUUAAAAUCAACUUGUCGUUUGGUUUUAUUC